AUGGUCCUGUUCUUCGGGGACUUCUUCCAGUUCGACCCCGUCCUGCAGACCAGCCUCCUCUUGCCGGCGCCCAGGGACCGUGGCGGACAGAGACCGGAAAGCUUGGCGAAGCAUCUCGCAGCGCACAGGCUGUUCCGCCAGUUCACAACCGUUGUCAUCCUCCAGGAGCAGGUCCGCGCGGCUGGUUGCCCAAGGCUUCGGGGCUUCCUCGGGCGCCUGCGCAAUGGCGAUCAGACCGAGCAGGACUUCCAGCGGCUGAGCCAACGCCUCUAUACACCGUCGUGCAAGGCGUCCUUCGUAGACGGUCUGAGAGCCAUCACGCCCUUGAACCAAGACCGGUGGGACCUGAACAUGGCCGCCGUCGUCCAGUGGGCCCGUGCCUACGGCAAACACAUCUCCAUCUUUGUGGCCAAGCAUGACACCGAAUCGGGGAAGCGGCUGCGCGUCGAAGAGCUGGGCGACGUGCUCCGCCGCGGAGACGACUCGCAGCUGCCAACCCCGGGCCUCUUCUUUUACGCCCAAGGCAUGCCGGUCGUGGUGACUCGCAACCAGUUUGUCGGGCUGAAGGUCGUCAACGGUGACGUGACUCUCCAUCUCGGACCGCCGGUGGCCGUCCUUCUUCAGUCAGACGAUAGCGCGGGCCUCGCCAUCCCCGGGCUCCCCAAUGGCACCAUCCUGAUCAAAAGCAAGACGGUCGCCAUCCCGAGCCAAAUGCGGGGCAAGGAAACCAGAUGGAGGGGCAAGCCGGGUUUUCGGCGGGUUACCCAUAGAACAGGACCUCUUUGUACGCCGGCCUUCGCCAUGACGGAUCAGAAGAGCCAGGGAAAACAAUUCUCGGACGUCCUCGUCAACCUCAAAGGCGUCCACUUUGGCGGCACGGCGACUCGGCCCAGCUUCAUGAGCCUGUACGUGCAGCUGUCGAGGGCGCAGAGCUGGGACGGGCUGCAUCUGUUUCGGAAACCGGCGCGCGGUGACUUUAUCGAACCCAAGAACGUGCUUGAUAAAGACAUGAAGGAGGCCAUCCUCAAGCUGGAACGACAGGGCGAGGAAACCAGACGGCGGUUCGAGCAGGACCACAGGCACGAGUCGUGGUUCCAGGAAUGGGACGCCAUGGCCGAAUCAGUGCAGGCCACUGAAGCAGCUGACGAAGAAGCGGUUGCGUCGCUCUAG